AUGCUAUCUGAAAGCGCUACAACUGAAGGCAAGAAGGUUCUUGCUGAGCUGAACAACUCAUUUGCUGAGUAUGGGGGUCCUGUGUAUCUUGUGAUCAACAAUCUGGAUUCAGGAAACCAAGAGGCAGUUUGUGUGAGUGAAGGUCCACAGGGUCAACAUGAUUACACCUGGUCACAUCUGUCAAACAUACCCGUUGAUGCUGUCUGUCCAGACCCUGUGAUCAGGAGUGCUGCCCCAACUUGGACACUAUCAAGAUUGAGGGACUUUCCAGGCAUGGAGGAGUACAAGCACAAAUACCCCCCAAUGCCAUUGAGGGACUUCAACUCCGGUGAUUCUACUGACAGGUCUGAAACCGGUCAAGAACCCUUGCUUACUCCCCCUAUGCAAAGGAGCACCCAAGCCCUUGCUGCCAAAACUCACGACUCAGAGGCGGAGGAGCGCAUGGGAGAAUUCUUCCACUACCUCCGAGAAUGGGAUUUGUAUGACGUCGUGAUUGCUACCUUCCUGAACAGUGACAAAGACAACAGUGACAAAGACAACAGUGACAAAGACGAUAAAGACAAGAAGUGGACGGUAAGAAGGGCAGGGGCCAAAAAAAACAGGUCUACUACCCUUCACAGACCCCCAACCGGACUUGACUAUAGUCAGACCAUACAAGUCUAUCCACCAAAGGGAGUUAAGACUGAUCCGAUCUCCAUGUCUGGGAAAGAUGUUGAGCAGUACCUUUCUCAAACAUCAAGGAACCAGGAAGUCUGA